AUGAGCUCGGAGCGCCAGAGCGACAGCGAGGACGCCGACGAGUCGCAGGACAGGCCCGACGGCGGCAGCGACAAAGACGAGGACCCCGACAUCGACGACUCGGACGACGACGAUGACAUCGCCCGGAGGGUUUCUCCUCCGCCGCCGGGGAGCAGCGAGAACCGGCCGGAGCGCGCCGAGGGCUCCCCGGCGUCGGAGGAGCGAGAGCCCCGCUGCCCGCCGGCCGCCGCCACCGCGCCGCAGACUGGCAGCGUCGGCGGCGGGGUCUCCGACACCGACCUCGGCCGGGGGAAUAGCCUGUUCUCCUGGCUGCAGAGCAGGACUAUUAGACGGGGGGUGUUUGUGGACCCGGCCAGGGAUAACUUCAGGACAAUGACCAGUCUGUACUGCUCCAUGAACCCGGCCGUGGAGUCGGUGAACCUGAGCACGCAGACCCACGGAGCCGUGUUCAACCUGGAGUACUCCCCGGACGGGUCCGUGCUGACGGUGGCCUGCGAGCAGACGGAGGUCCUGCUGUUCGAUCCCAUCUCAUCCAGACACAUCAAAACCCUGACGGAGGCCCACGAGGACUGCGUCAACAACAUAAGGUUUUUGGACAAUCGCUUGUUUGCCACCUGCUCCGACGACACCACGAUUGCAUUAUGGGAUCUCCGGAAGCUGAACUCGAAGGUGUGCUCGCUGCACGGCCACGCCAGCUGGGUGAAGAACAUCGAGUACGACACCAACACGCGUCUGCUCGUCACGUCCGGCUUCGACGGCAACGUCAUCACGUGGGACACUAACAGGUUUACAGAGGACGGCUGCCCGCACAAAAAGUUCUUCCACACUCGCUACCUGAUGAGGAUGCGCCUGACGCCCGACUGUUCCAAGAUGCUCAUCUCUACUUCCUCAGGCUACCUGCUGAUCCUCCACGACCUGGACCUCACCCAGUCCCUGGAGGUGGGCAGCUACCGCAUGCUGCGAGCGCGACGGACUCCCCUCAGCUCAGACGGAGGCACGUCGGCGUCCAGGUCGGCGAACACUCCUCGCCAGGGAAACGACUCCAGUAAGAUCCACCCUCACAGAGAAGGCCUUUCACCCAGGAACAGCCUGGAGGUUCUGACUCCAGAGAUCCCAGGAGAGAGGGACCGAGGGAACUGCAUCACCUCCCUGCAGCUGCAUCCGAAAGGCUGGGCCACUCUGAUCCGCUGCUCCAGCAACAUGGACGACCAGGAGUGGACUUGUGUCUACGAGUUCCAGGAGGGCGCGCCCACUCGGCCGCUGGUGUCGCCCCGCUGCUCGCUGCGCCUCACCCACUACAUCGAGGAGGCCAACGUGGGCCGGGGCUACAUCAAGGAGCUGUGCUUCAGCCCGGACGGACGGCUCAUCUGCUCCCCGUACGGCUACGGCGUCCGGCUGCUGGCCUUCGACGAGCGCUGCGGCGAGCUGGCCGACUGCCUGCCCGUCCAGACCAGCUGCCUCAGGGAGAUCCGCUCCAUCUACUCGCACAGCGACGUGGUGCUCACCACCAAGUUCUCCCCAACGCACUGCCAGCUGGCCUCGGGCUGCCUCAGCGGACGCGUCGCCCUUUACCAGCCCAAGUUUUAGCGUCCGGCGCUGAGGAGCGACCGCUGCAGACCUGGGUGAAGAAGCGCUUGUCAGGGUUGCUGCUCAGAAAUGCAUCAGAGGUGUAAUUAUUGAUAGUAACUCAAAAAUCUGUAAAAAUAUAUUUCAGUGUAAAUUCUUUAUAUGGCAUUUGUAUUGAAACCUAACUUUAAACUGUGUGUUCUAGCUGCUAAUUUGGAUCCUCAGACACCCAUGUUUAGUGUAAACCAAAAGAAUCUAAGCAGAGGGGACUGCAGAGUCAGGCUUCCUCGAGGAGUUUCUGGACUUUAAACCACCUCACUGCAAAAAUCUGUAAAAGUCUUACAUUGUAGGAGCAUACUGUUCAUACAGCUGUGCAUUUUCAACAAUUUAAAACUUUUAUCACCUAAUAUUUACUACCAUUAGGCCGAUUUGGUGUUAUUCUGUGUAUCUAAACCAUCAAAAGAAAUUGCUUUUUUCAUUUUAAAUUCUCAAAAAUGUCCAAAAGUGCUCAGUGAACCAGAUAGGUGGGAUUUUCUGAAUGCAUUGAUACUCUUGGAGGCCUCCGUUAACUCCAAAACACCUGGUUGAAUAUUGGGAUUAUUUAUUUGGAAAGCAGCCCUUACAAGGUACUUCUGGACUCAGGUCUGCAGCUGUAGAGCAAGCUGAGGAAGAAGACUUCACUUGAGGCCCUUUGACUAAGCUGCACCAGCCUCUCUGACCCCCCCCCCCGAACAUCAAGAAAACAAAUCUUUCGGACGACUAAAACAAGAAAGGGCAGUUGGGCUUUGCAAACUAGACUCCCACCCAGACUGAGGAGCGAGUUCAGAGUCUAAACCUGGAAGCUCUGGAUCAUCAAAUCCGGAGCUGCAACGUGGCGUCGGUGAACCUCUGCAGGCCGUCUGUGGCUCUUUUUCAUACUAAAGAUUAAUUUUGGUCUCUAUAGCAGUAGUUUUUUUUUUGUUUUGUUUUUUUUUUGAGACUCGGCACAUCCAGACGUUGCUGUCUCAGGACAAAUAAACACUAAGGAUGCAAACAGACCGAUGAUAACCCAUGAAUCCUGAAGCGUCCUCCGCUGCGCAUCGUGUCGCUCUCUGCUGCUCUGCUCAUGCCUUUUCUUUCCACUGGUGCUGCUUCUCUGCUCAUACAAUCCGAACUCCCGACUUCAAGGACCUCGUCGUCAUCAACGCCUUUUACCUUUCUUAGUUUUGUCUUUUCCGCCCCGUUCCCGUCUUCACACUCCCCGUCGGUUUUUAGCGGUUUUAUUGGUGUGAUCAUGUCGGCACUACUCGUAGCACGGUGUUCUGUUUGACUCUGCGCUCACUUUUACUUUGGAAUCAGUUCUCAUUUCUCUUCGCAGUUUGUGUGUUUUUAAAUCUUGAACCUGUGAACAAAAACUUCAUGCUGUCUGGACAAUUUUUAAAAAAGAAAAAAGAAGUCCAGCUGCUGUCAGUAUCUCCAUUUCCAGACCUUUUUUUUUUUUUUUUUUUUUUGCACAAACAAAAUUCUAGUUGCAAUUUCUUUCCCAAAAGAUACGGCUGGCAUUAUUAUACAUUUUCCAUCUUAAAGAACAAAUAAAACAUCUGGCUUUUAUAGUAUAUAUUUAGGGCUACUUCCAGCAGCAGAAUACUGCACUAACGAGCAUUUCCAGCAACAGAAAGUUCAAACAGUGUGGCUCGCUAAUGUGUUUUUAAUAGUUUUGUGGAUAACAUGGGAGGGAUAAGAUAUUUUUGAAAGAACAGGUAAUACUCGCAGGAUUAACUCAUUGUUAUUGUAAGGAUUUAUUCACCCCAAGAAAAAUGUAAAAUACUGCCAGCUCUCUUCUUUAGCCUCCUCGUUUAUUUACCUGUUGCCAAGAAACAUGAGAUGUGUUUUCUGUCCCUGAACCUUAUUUCGUUCGCACCAUUUUGACCACCCAGGCUUUUUUUUUUUUCUCUCCCUCGCUACUGAGCGCUUUGACUGUUUUAGUAUCAGCAACGCUUUUGUGUUUUCAACCAGUGUAGUAUAGCUGCUGUAAGCACACGCCUGAUUGUAAACUGACUGCAGUAACAUACUGACUGACCGCAGAAUAGAUAAUAACUCGCUGUUAGGUAAACAUAAAAAAACCAGUAGACGUAAGCCUAUACUACUAUGCAUACCCGCCUUUAUGAAGAUUCUCCUUUCUUGUUUAUGCCAGGCUCUGUGUUUGAGCUAUCAGAUGCCAAAAUAUGUUUGUUUUUUUUGCUUGGAGUUGUCUGUAGUGAACCGUGAGCUGAGAGCGAAAAGAAAACAUCUGCUAUUCAAAAAUGGGGGAAAAAAAUAUUAAUUUUUAAAGGAAUUUUUUAAAUUUUUAGGAAACAGGCUUUCUGAUGGACUAUUUUCAUGUCUUUAUGGUGUUUGAUAGAGCUGAACGAUAUGGAAAAUGUCUAACUGCAGUUUUUCUGAACGAUAUAUUGUGAUUUUACUUGCAGUAUAUUUCUUUACUGUGAGGCUUCAGCUCAAUGUUUACUGUGUAGUAAAUAUAUGUUGAAGCAUUACAGCGGGAAACCAUCAAAAGCAUGACUGUCACACAGUUUGUGAAAGCAUUGAUACGACAGUCAAUCGAUUAAUUGUUCAGCUCCAGUGUUGGACCAGAUUUUGUUGCAUUGUUAUUUUGAACAAGUGGUUGUUGACAUUACGGUACAAACCGGCCAGUAUUCAGAUCCUGCAUGUUUUAGUUUAUUUUUCAUGUGCAUUAGUGCUGUUUUCACAUCUUUAAAGUGAGUAUUUGCAGCUUUUAAAAUCCAAAUCAUGAAUCAAACUGCAAACUUACUUUUCUCAAGAUGUUGUAAGAAAUUAUGGCUUUCAUCGUGAUGCGUUUCGAACAACCUGCACCUGAUUUUUUUAGUUUUUUAAGGCUGCACAUGUGCAGUAGAGCUGCAAGUACAAUUACUAUUUCCACUGCUGAUUGAGUUUAAUCUAUAAAAUGUCAGAAAAUAGUGAAAAAUGUUGAUCAGUUUUUCCUAAAGCCCAAGAAGAUGUCUUCAGAUAUCCUGUUUUGACCACAACCCAAGGAUAUUUUGUGUACUGUCACAGAGAAUUUAAGAAACAAUAUAAUAUCAAUAUUUAAGAAGCUGGAAUCAGAGAAUAUUGACCUUUUUUUUUUCUUUUAAAAAUAUUACUCAAGCUGAUUAAUCAAUUGUAAAAAUAGUUUAAAAUUAACUUCAUAGUUGAAAACCAACCAAUUAAUUGUUGCAGCUUUAAUCUGUGGCCUUUCUCACACUUUGAAGUUAAAAACAGCCACUUGUACAAUUUAACAUCCAGGAAGUGGUCUGACUUAGCUAAUGACUGUAAAUGGCAAAGCUAGUAGCCGGUUAGCUUAGCACAAAAACUGUAAAUGUUGAAUACAGCUUUCCUAGCUUAUUGCAGCAUUUACAAAAUGCUCAAAAAGCACCUCUAAAAAACAGUAAUUAACGGUUAUAUUUAUAUUUGUUUAAUUCGUAAGUAAGUGAAGCGUAAAAAUAAAAAUAAUCAAUUUUUGGGACCCAACUAUUACGUACGUUCUGGUUGCCUGGCAACUGCUUUGACAUACUGACACAUAACCGAAUAAGUGACAAAUUGUCGUUUUUACACUUCGGUAUUGUACAUUUGAAACAAACAAGAGAAAAAAUGUUCAUCUUUGAGCUUCAAAUGUGCAGGUAGCUAGGUUUUGUUGCCAUUAGACAAAGCUAGGCUAGCUGUUUUCUGUCGCUUUCCAUUUGUGCUACGAGGCUAAUGCUAAUCGGCUGCUAUCGGUGGCUUCGUAUUAGCCGUAAACUCGCCGCCAGAAAAAAAAAUUAUUACUCGAGAAAUUGUGUGUUUUUAAAGGGGGAAAACGUGAAAUUGUGGAAACAGCAGAUGUUAUUCUACAGUUCCCAGCUCACAACAUGGUCCUGUAAGUAAAGAGAAAGGAUGCUUUUAACACUUUGUACCUCAGUUAACUUCUCAAAAAAAAACAAUGUGUGUGUUUUUUUCCACUAUGUGGGGCUCCAUGUUACCUUCAGCUCCGUCAAUUCAGGGACUUCUUCUUUUCUGGAGUAGCGUAAUUCCUCAUGUUUAUAACAUAUUACAGACCCAGAUUUCCUCCAGCACUCCUCUGCUACGUUUCUUUUUAAAAUUGACUGAGCUGAAUGUUGAAGGAUGCCGUUUAUUCACUGCUGCUUUUAUUUCAAUUACACUCACAAGCUCUUCCCAGAGAAGUGUCUUAUCUGCCAUUUUCACUUCAGGUAUAGCAACUUAAAAACCCGGGUUCAUCCUUUAGAAUUCAUUUUUUUUCUUUGUUUGUUUGUUUUGUUUUGUUCCAGUUCUGGGUUUUAAACCUGUGUUCAGCUGUGGGUUAAAUGAAUGUUGGCAGUAGUUCUGUUGUGUUCACCACAGCUGAAGGAAAAGUGGACAAGACAUGAAAACAUGUUGAGUUGUUGGCACUGUUGUUUCCUACAUGGCUAUUUACAGCAAGUAAUCCGACCAGUGAUACUAAAAAUGGUACUUACUAUCACAGAAAUAAAAGUUAGCUUCUUUUGCACUGCUGACUGUUCAAUGUUUGGGUUCAGUAUUUUCAUUUUUUUUAACUGUAUUUUUUUUUUUUUUUAUUCCUGUGUUGAAACUUUGCAUAUGAAGUGCUGAGAAUUGAGGAAAAACCCAUAUCAACCGGUGGUCCCCAACAUGUGGGUCGGGGCCCUUCGAGGGGUCGUGAGAUCAACUAGUUCAGAGAGAUGGCAUAAAUUGGGUUUUAUGAUUAUGUCCUGUGAGUUUUAAAAAAUAAUUUUAAAAAAUCAAAUAAAACAUUAAAAGAAAGAAACUA